AGCGGGACCGGCACCGACACCGGCACCGGGAUCAGGGAGCGACACCGGGAUCGGCGCCGGGAUCGGGAUCGGGGAGCGGCACCGGGGGCGGCGGCGGCGCCUGACGGGGGAGCGGCGGCUCCGCAGGCGCGGCCUGAGGCGCUGGGCCCAGCGCUCCCGCUCGCUCCGGGCGGCCUCAGCGGCCCCGGCGGCCUCAGCGUCCCCGUUCGCUCCGCGCCCAGCCCCGGGCGGCCCGAACCGCCGGGAAGAUGUCGCGGCCUGUCAGGAACAGGAAGGUGGUCGAUUACUCCCAGUUUCAGGAAUCAGAUGAUGCUGAUGACGAUUAUGGAAGAGAUUCAGGUCCCCCAUCCAAGAAAAUCCGUUCGUCUCCCCGAGAGGCUAAAAACAAGAGGAGAUCUGGGAAGAAUUCUCAGGAGGACAGUGAGGAUUCAGAAGACAAAGAUGUGAAGACUAAGAAAGAUGAUUCACACUCAGCAGAUGAAGAUUUUGGCAGUGAGGACGAUGACGUAGGCGCUGACGAUGGCAAAGCCGACAGCGACUACGAGAGCUCUCAAAAAAGCAAAAAAGGAAAGAAGGCUAAACCAGACAAGAAUAAGAGAGCAGCCUCCAAAUCCAGGAAAAGGCCUGCAGAGGACAGCGAGGAUGAGAAGGAAGAUCACAAAAACGUCCGUCAGCAGCGGCAGGCGGCGUCCAAAGCAGCCUCCAAACAGCGGGAGAUGCUCAUGGAUGAUGUGGGGAGUGAGGAGGAAGAGCAAGAGGAUGAUGAGGCACAGUUCCAGGAGACAGAUUCAGGAAGCGAUGAAGACUUCCUCAUGGAAGAUGAUGAUGACAGUGACUAUGGCAGUUCAAAAAAGAAAAAUAAGAAGGUCUCCAAGAAAUCCAAGCCAGAGAGGAAAGAAAAGAAAAUGCCCAAGCCCAGGCUAAAGGCUACAGUGACCCCCAGCCCAGUGAAAGGCAAAGGGAAGGCAGGUCGCCCCACAGCUUCCAAGGCAACAAAAGAAAAGACCCCAUCCCCCAAAGAAGAGGAUGAAGAGCCUGAAAGUCCCCCAGAAAAGAAAAAAUCAGCCAGCCCUCCACCAGAAAAGUCAGGGGAUGAGGGAUCUGAAGAUGAAGCACCCUCUGGUGAAGAUUAAAAAUGGCAGUUGAGGAAAAUCUUUGUUUAAAAAAAAAAAAGAGGAAAAAAAGAAAAAGGAAAAGAAAACAAUACUUAGGGGUAGAACACGGUUUUGGCUGUGGCUUGACUCAUGGGCUUUGAAUGCUGUCUUUACUUUCAGCUGUUUAAUACAGUGUGUCCUUUUUUAAUAAGAGGAAACCCUUCUACAGUAAUAUUUUGAAGUCAAUGUUCUCUGUUGGCCAUUCCGUUCUCCCUCCCCUGCCAAAUCUGAAAAGCCAUUUGAGACAAAUUUAACAGACCAUUCAAUAUUUCAUUUUUUUUUUCAAGGGAUACUGCAGUUGUGAAGCAAUAAGGUUUGAGACUGAUCUGUGGAAACCAUACUUACAAAUCCUUAAGUAGAAUAGAUUUUCCCAGUGCUGGUAAGAGCUGUUUAAAACUAUUAUCCUGUAUUUGGAAUAUAUGGAAAAAAAAAAAUAACAAACCUCUGCUUUAAUAGACUUUGAGAUGAGUUCUCUCACAGCAAAAAUGUAGUUGAUCUAAUUCCAGUGGAGGAGGAUGGAACACGGGGAGGAAUCCUGUGUUUCUUGGAUUCAGGCACAUUUUUCAUGGAAAGCAAUCAAGAGAUGCUCCAGUGUCUUUGAUUUAGAAAAGACCCUCCAGUCAGGAUGGGAGAUCUUUUGUCUCUGCUGGAUAGAAAACUGUUCUGCUGUAGGCAAAUUGCAGCCCAUUCCAGAUAAAUUCACAUAUUCAACCUACAGCCCUCCCAUGUCCAUUCACCCUUAUUUUUAUUCCUUCUGUAGAGGGGCAGAACAGGGAAGAGAAAUUGCAAAAUCAUUUUUAAAACUGCUUUCCUUUGGGUAUGGUGGAAACUGUUUUUAUUACAGAUUUUUCCGAGGCAAAAAAAAAAAAAA